CUUGACAUUCACUCUCUUGGCUAAACAGAUUGAACAAGUUGUCACUCAUUGCACGGGUCGCGACAGUCGAUGAUACAGAGUCCCAGCUUGAAACGCUCCGUCUCGAGGUUUACAUCUUUCUGGAAAUCGCACAUGCCGGAUUUUCUCACGGACUGAAGAAACUCUGGAUACAACACUAUAUACAGCUACCUCCUACCAUAUAAAAGCCCAGUAUUAGUCCCAACAUCUCACGGUCCGGAUAUCCUCAUAAUAUAAGACCUCCCCCCCAAGUCCCUCAAUCUCCCAAACCAUGCCCACCCCCACUCUCCCUCAACCCCCCUUCUUUACCAUCCCCAACAUCAACAACCUCCGCGACGCCGCCCUCCUCCCCGGCGGUCUCCCCAUCAAAAAUACCAACAACAAAAAAGUCCGACCAGGCCUCCUCUUCCGCAGCGCGGAACCAUCCCAACUUCCCCCCUCGGGCUGGCACACACUCUCUUCCCUCGGCAUCGCCCGCGUCUUCGAUCUCCGCAGCAAACCCGAGGUCGAAAAGGGCUGGAAAGGCACCCGUACCGGAAAACCCGGAGGCGGUUGCGACAGCGAGCAGCAUGCCAACGGCGACGUGGACGUGGACGUGCGACCGCGCUGGAUCCAGGACUUGGAAGCCGCGGGCCUGAAGAGGCACUGGGUCCCCGUGUUCGAGGAGAGCGAUUAUUCGCCCGCGCGCUUGGCGGAGCGGUACGUCAAGUACAUGGACGAGAGCGUGGAUGGGUUCGUGCAGGCGUAUGCGGAUAUCCUGAGGCAUGCGGGACCCGCGUUUGGUGAGAUUCUGAGGUAUCUGGCGCAGGUGCCGGCGGCGGCGGGCGAACAACGGGACGGAGAAGGACCGAGUGGGGAGCAGCCGGAGCGGCUAGGUGCGCUGGUUCAUUGCACGGCGGGUAAGGACCGGACGGGAAUCUUCUUUGGGGUUUUGUUCGCCUUCCUGGGUGUCGAGGAUGAGGCUAUUGCUGCAGAGUAUAAUCUCACGGAGACGGGCCUCGGGCACAUGCGCGAUGAGAUUGUCGAGCGUCUCAGCAAGGCGCCGGGUUUCCGCGAGUAUAUGAUUAAGAAUCAUGGCGAGGGGUUGAGCGAGGAGGAGAUUGCGGAGUUUGGGAGGAAGGCGGCGUUUAGGAUGUCUGGGGCCAGGAAGGAGAGUAUGUUGGGGAGCUUGGAGCUGUUGAGGAGGGAGUAUGGGGGCGCAGAGGGGUAUUUGAGAAAGGUGGUUGGGUUGACGGAUCGGGAGCUGGAGCGGCUGAGGAGGGCAUUGGUGGUUGAUGCGGAUUGACUAGAGGGCCGGAAUAUGGAUGGAGAUGGCUAUAGACAUAGAUUAUGACCUUUUCUUUGCAUCUGGAAUUGAGCGAUAGAUUGGAGAACACGGAGUCAGAAUUGAUACC